GUGAGCUAGCUCCGCCCACCAACGCGUGUAUGUAGCUAUUAUAGCUGUCGCCUCGGACUCGUGUAAAAAUGACAGCGCCCUCAACGAAAGAAGGAGUGAAGGAUGUGGAGGUGGAGAAAGAGGAUCAAAUGAGAAUCAACCUCUUUGCCAGGAAGAAUGCCAGACUGCUGGACAUAAGAGAGAAGAUCACCGAAAAAGAAAAAGAGCUACAGAACCUGGAGGAUGCGUCGGACGAACUAAUGAUGGGAGAUUCAGAUAUCCCCGUACCGUAUCCACAUAUAAUGAUUCCUCGUAUUGUCUGUGGGGCUAUGAUAUACAGCCUACCCACUGAAGUCGCUCCCUAACCAGUGACUGUACAGGUACCAGGUGGGGGAGACGUUUAUCCACGUGAAGGAAGAAGAGGCACAGGAGAUAAUGGAGAAGGCAAAGGAGCGGCUGCAGGAGGAGCUCACGAAACUAAAGACCAGCUCGGAGACAAUUGAGGGAGUCAUGACUCAUCUCAAGGUCCAACUGUACAGCAAGUUUGGAGACAAUAUCAACCUCGAGGCAGAGUGAUCAACUAUAAUAGCACACAGCCCAGAAGACUAGAUCACAAUUACAAACCACCUUUACCAUCUCUUGAGUUUGUAUUACGUUGUGAUUUGGUACACGACAAUACAAUCUAGCAGGUCUGUGUGUACCAAGAUAAUAGUGUUCAUUGAGAUUGUAGAGCUGAUUUUGUCAGAAUUGUGG